AAUUACCUCUUCUUUUUUUGGUGCUAUGUCCUAAUUUCCUCAUUAACCACCAAAAUUAUUUUCCUCUUUUAAUUCUCUCAUACAUUAACAAAAAUACAUUGUGCGAAUUUCGAUGCAACAUUUUUUUAUAUAUAGUUUCGGUGCAUCUCAAUUCUCAAUCUCAUGAUGAAACUAUGAUUCUAUAUAUCAAAGAAAAAUAAUCUAAAUUAUUGAAUAGUGUGGUCACAAAUUCUUCAAAUUCUAUUUUCAAACAAUCACCGAUUUGUUUUCAUUCAUUUUCCCUUUUCAAAUUCUUCUCAAUCUCAACCAAAAUUUCUCAUCUUUUCCGUCUUUAUUCAUUGGAUUUGUAUCCAACAAAUAAUAUCAAGAUUCGAUUUUUCCCAAUCAUAUUCAUUUUGACUUCUAGGGUUUGAUUCCGUUGUGCUUUUGGACGACACCUUUUUUCUCCAAAUGUGAUUUGACCGCUAAAAGACUGGUCUUUGAUGAUUGCAGCAGUGUUUAAUUCAAUCCAAUUGUUUCUGGAAUUGAUUCUGUUUGAAUUUUGAAAAGAAUAUAAUUUUGCCUUUUUUGCUGUGAGAUUUAUCUCUUCAAUUUUAAUUUUUCCCCUUUUGUUUUGAUUGUGAUGCAAGAAUAUCAUAGGUUAUUAUGUUUAGAUUAAAGAAUAGUAAAAACCUUGCACGGUUCUUGUAUCAGGAAAUUCUGCAUAAUAGUAAUUCUAUGGCUUAUUCAAUAGGCUAUGUUGAUCCUUGUUCCCAUUUGAGCAAGGUUUAUCCUAAUGCUUUUGGGGUUAUUAGAAGAAUUGAAUUUGGUAGAAAAAGUUGUGGCUUUUAUACAAGUUGUAGAAAUAAUAGUAAAUUUUUUGUGAGGGCUAAUGCAAGGCCUCGCGGCUUUGCGUCUGAUUUGGAACAAGGGAAUUCUGUUGGUGGUGAUGUGACUCUUAAGGUUGAUAAUGGUGGAGUAAAUGGAAGUCCUGCUAUGCCUCGUUGUUUCCGAGAUCAACGAAUGUCUGAGAAACUUGUUGUUGCUGUUGAUGUGGAUGAGGUUUUAGGAAACUUCGUAUCGGCUCUCAACAAGUUUAUUGCAGAUAAAUAUUCAUCAAAUCAUUCAGUUUCUGAAUAUCAUGUGUACGAGUUCUUUAAGAUAUGGAAUUGUUCGCGUGAUGAAGCUGAUAUUCGCGUUCAUGAGUUUUUUAAGACACCAUAUUUCAAGUCAGGGAUUCACCCUCUCCCAGGUGCUCAGACGGCAAUGCAAAAGUUAUCAAGAUUUUUUAACCUAUCAGUUGUAACGUAUGAUUUUGGUAUUGAACUUUCAUCAACCUAUAGAGGAAUCUUGUCAGGAUCAACUAACCAAGGCUCCUUUUAUAAUAUGUUCAGGUCUAGGCAGAAUGUAAUUAAGGAUCACACAAUUGAAUGGAUAGAGAAGCAUUUCCCAGGACUGUUUCAUGAGAUUCACUUUGGUAACCACUUUGCACUUGAUGGGAAAUCAAGACCAAAAUCAGAGAUUUGUAGGUCUUUAAAUGCCAAGGUUCUUAUUGAUGAUAAUCCGCGGUAUGCGAUAGAGUGUGCUGAAGUUGGAAUGAAAGUUCUACUUUUUGAUUAUGAAGACUCAUAUCCUUGGUCCAAGAAUGAGUUAGUUGAUAAGCACCCUUUAGUGACCAAAGUUAAGAACUGGAAAGAAGCGGAGCAACAAUUGAUGUCAAUGAUAGCUUCAUAAUCUAAAUCCAGUGGCCAGGACUUGUGAUAGCUUCAAUGAUAGCCGGACUAAUUCAUGUUUUUGAAAUGUCUAACAUAUGUUUUUGAAGGAGUGAAAUAAUUUGAAGUUGCUGCAAGAAAAUGACUACCUAGAGGAGGAAUGACACAAUCAUAUUCUUUUUCCCAUUUUGAGCAACACCAAUGAAGAUUGGAACAAGUUGUGUUCACUGUGGUGGAAAUUCUAGUGAUUUUACUACUAUAACUAGGCAAAGAUUUGUUUCUGCCUUUUGAAUGUACUAUAUUUUUUGACAACAAAAUGUAUGAUCUCUGAAUUACUUUUUGAAUGUGGUUUAUUACUUGUUUUGACUGUUUGCACA